ACCUAGUGAAAACAACCUACCACCAUGUCCCGCAAGAGCAUCGACAGCAGUCGCUCUCCAAGCUUGUGGAACCGAGCACUCUCCAUCCGCUCCAACAACCGGAGCGGCGGCGGCGGCGCCUCCACCGGCGCCUCCUCCCACCACCACAGUUCUCGCCGGGGCUUCAGCCUCUCCUCUCUCCGGGGCACCAUCCAACCCGAGCUCUCCAAAAAGCUCUACCGUCUAAUCAAGUCCGAAAACAACCUGAUCUCCGCGCACGAGACGGCCGCCAAGGAGCGCCUCUCGAUCGCCCAACAACUCUCAGAAUGGGGCGAGCAGACGACGGACGAAGGGAUCAGCGACAUCAGCGACAAGGUCGGGGUGAUCCUGUCGGAGCUGGGCGAGCAGGAGGACAACUACGCGCACGCGCUGGACGAGAGCCGCGGCACGCUGAAAACCAUUCGUAACACGGAGAAGAGCGUGCAGCCGAGCCGGGACGGCAAGAACAAGAUCGCGGACGAGAUCGCCAAGCUGAAGGCCAAGGAGCCCGAGAGCACGAGGCUGGUGGUGCUGGAGCAGGAGCUGGUUAGGGCCGAGGCGGAGAAUCUGGUUGCGGAGGCGCAGUUGACGAAUAUUACCCGUCAAAAACUCAAAGAAGCCUACACAGCCGAAUUCCUCGCCACCAUCGAGCGCGCCGAGAAGCAAAUCAUCCUCGCCCGGCACGGCCUGCGUCUGCUCAACCUCCUCGACGACACCCCCAUCGUCCCGGGCGACUCGCAGAUCCCGUACACGCAAGGUCACCAAGCCAGGCAAAUUCUCAACGAUACCGAAGACGAUCUGCGGGACUGGCGGCCCACGACGACGGCGGCGGCUUUGGACGAGGACGCCAAGUAUGUUACUAGCAACUCGCCUCCUCCGACGGUCCAGCAGCAUGCCCAGCAGCCCCAGGCUUCGCAGCCGAGGAACGCUGCUGCGCCUGAUCAGCAAUUGCAGCAGGUACCGCAGCAGCAGCUGAAUGAGAAGGAAGUGGAUGGUGCGAGUUUGACGCAUACUGAGACGAAUACGACUGGGAAUGGGAGUGUGGUAGGGGGUAAUCAGGAGGUGCAGACGACUGCUGCUUGAUUUUUGCGUGUCUUUGAUGAUGCUUUUACCCGAGUCUGUUUCAGCUCUAUGAUACCGAGUUUGUUUUGUUUAUCGAGUGUUCGAGGGACUUAUACCUAUUUCAAGUUGAUGGGAAGCAACAUGUUUUAAGUCUUGACCAGAAUUCAACAACUUUUACCAGUAUUCAGUCCACAUAACACCAUGGUAUUUGAUAAGAUACAGUACCCUCUUCCAACAGAGCUUAUGACAACUUGAAACAUACCGUAACUCGAACCCUGAUCACUUCAAAAUAUCAUCAAUCCUUUUGACAUCAUUCAACUCCAAUCAUCAUGACCCUCGACUCUAAACAGUAGCCGUAACCCUCCUUAUACUCUUCCUCGCACCCUCACCUGUCACCAUAACAGCACCCUCCAUCUCCAGCGCCCUCAUAACCUCCGAAAACUCCGCCGGCUCAACUUGCACACCCGCCCCCU